AUGUUUUCUAGGCUCGGAUCUUCCAUAAAGUCAAACAACAAAUUCAUCACACCACCACGAGUUCGAUCGAACAUUAUUCUGAAUGCCACAGCAUCAUCAUCAUCAUCAUCAUCUGUGUCUCACAGCAUGUACAAUAAACGACGAUGGUUGUCCAUGCUCGUGUUGUUGGAACCCCGUAUAUUGAACUCAGCUGCUGUUGGAGGUGCUUCCGCCUUUGUACCGCAUUGCUCUUAUUCUACUUUCUCAUCAUCCUCUCAUCGACGAAGCUUUGCGUUCCGUUCCAAUAUCCAUUGCCAUCAACCCUGCAACAACAACAACAACAACAGCAGCAGCAGCAACAGCAACAACAACAAUAACAGCAAUAUUGUCACUAGUCUUUCUACCAGAGCCAUGUCCACUGUUACCAGCAAUACGAAUCGGAGCAUGAAACAAGAUGCGUUGCAAAUCAUUCACAAAUCCAUCCAAGCCGUGGAUCCCUAUGCGGCAGUCAAGGCCCACUUGAGACUGGUGGACGACACGCUGCUACGAGUGGGGGAGGAAAAGGAUACGGCUACUGCCACCAAAAGCUAUUACAAUAUCAAAGAGUAUGACAAGAUUGUCGUAAUUGCCUUUGGCAAGGCAUCUUCCGCCAUGGCCACGGCAGUGGUCCAACAACUAUCGGAUACAACCACUUCUACUACUACUACUACUACUACUACUACUUCCAGCAGUAAGGAACAACGUCCACAAGAAACCAUGGGGGUAUGCAUUUGCAAAGACGGACAUGCCACCAAGGAGGAAAUUAGCACACUGGAAGCAUUCCAUUGUUCCGUACUGGAAGCCUCCCAUCCCGUGCCCGACGAACGAUCCGCCUUUGCGGCCCAACAAGCGUUGGAAAUGGUCCAACAGCAUGCAUCGCCCCAAACCAUGGUGAUAUGUUGCAUCAGUGGGGGUGGGUCCGCUCUGUUUUGUAAACCUCAAGUUGGAUUGACGCUGCACGAUUUGCAAGAAACCAACGAGGCCUUGCUGGACUCGGGCAUGACCAUUCAAGAUAUGAACGUCAUUCGAAAGCGAUUGGAACAAGGCAAGGGAGGACGAUUGGCUCGAGCGUGUCAUCCUUCGCAAUUGAUAACACUCGUACUGAGUGAUGUCUUGGGAGAUCCAUUGGAUUUGAUUGCGUCUGGUCCUACCGUCCCGGAUACCAGCACACCAAAAGAUGCCUUGGAAAUUGUCAAACGGUAUCAAUUGGAGGACAAAUUACCAAAUCAAGUCAUGGCAGUGCUAGAGCAAGAAGUACUGGCUUCCAAAGAUGGCAAUCCGUCAUCCGAUCAUCCAGUCUUUGCCCAAGCCCAAACUGUAUUGGUCGGCAACAAUGCCUUGGCGGUCCAAGCGGCGGCACAAGAAGCCAAAGAAUUAGGCUAUCAUCCAGUAGUGUUGGGAACUCAAAUUGAAGGAGAAGCCAAGGAAAUUGCCAAAAUGUACACUCGGAUGGCAUUGCACUUGAAAAAGGAUGGCGAAUCAUCAUCGUCGCCGUCGUCGUCAUCGACGACAAUGUUGUAUUCCAUGGCACCCUCUCUUCCAGUGGCAUUGAUUGCAGGUGGAGAAACGACCGUCUCAUUAGAAUCUAGUAUGGGAAGUAUUGGUAAGGGAGGACGCAACCAAGAAUUGGCACUGUCGGCAGCCUUGGACCUCCAAUCGUUGGGGUUGGAAAAUGUCGUAUUGGCCAGUGCUGGAACCGAUGGGACGGAUGGUCCUACCGACGCUGCUGGGGCCAUGGUGGACGCACAUACCAUCACUAGUGGUGAUGAGGGAACUCUAGAGGAGGCCCGCAAAGCCUUGGACAAUCAUGACGCGUAUCCAUUCUUGGAUGCACUUGGGAAUGGCAAGGAGAGACCAGAAGACCGACCACUCAUCAAGACGGGUCCGACCGGAACCAAUGUUGCCGACGUUUGCGUCACCUUAAUUCGAUGA